AUGGUGAAUAGAAGUGAUUUGGUAGUGAUUGGCAUUUCGGUUGGGCUUGCACUUGGUCUCUUGCUCGCUCUGCUUUUGUACUUCGCUAUAAAAUGGUACAAUGGCCGCUCUCAUCUAAGACGAUGCGCUAAUGAACAGAAUGUCCGGACUCUACCUGUCCACACUGCUAAAAGAGGUGUAGUAAUCCCUGAUGAUAGCGCAAACACAGCAUCGGUACAGCUACCUGAGAAUGCAGCACCAACUCAACAUCAGCCAUGGUGGAACAAUAACCAUAGCAAAGAUCUCACUGUAUCUGCAUCCGGCAUACCUAAAUAUCACUACAAGGAUAUUCAGAAGGCAACGCAAAAUUUCACAACCAUUCUUGGACAAGGAUCUUUUGGCCCUGUGUAUAAAGCGGUUAUGCCUAAUGGAGGUCUAGCUGCAGCAAAGGUUCAUGCCUCUAACUCAAGUCAAGGAGAUAGAGAGUUUCAAACUGAGGUAUCUUUACUUGGGAGGCUGCAUCACCGGAACCUCGUGAACUUGGUAGGAUACUGUGUUGAUAAAAGUCACAGGAUGUUGAUCUAUGAGUUCAUGAGUAAUGGAAGCUUGGAGAAUCUUUUGUAUGGUGGCGGUGAAGAAACACAAGUCUUGAAAUGA